AUGAGUGUCUCCGACUCCUUACCUUCUCUUUCGGACUCUGGGCGCGUGUCCCAUCCAGUCCAGAAGGACGGCCUUGACCUCCCUUUAUCAGUCCGGAGCACCCCCUCCUGGCCUCCAUCCCCGGAAGAGGACCCGGGUUUACCCCCUUUUCCCCUGCAAGAGCGUGGUCUCAGGCCCAUGGCCCCAGGGAACCUUCCCUGGCCAACCGUGUCCCUAGAGGAGGAAGAGGAUGGUGACCAGGCUGCGGAGCCCGAGGGGUUGCACAGUGAGGAGCACCCUAUCCAGUUUUUCGCCGAGGCACAGAGGCUACGGGAGCAAAAGUUGUUGCUGGACGAAGAGGUGUCUGUCCGCGGGCGAGUGUACGGUGUGCAUCAGGUCAUCUUGGCUGCGGUUAGCAGCGUCUUCAGAGCCAGGCUGCUGGACGGCGGAGGUUCUCCAACCCCGUUCAUCCUAGACGUGGCCCCCGGGGGCUGGGAGGCCGUGCUAACCUUUGCUUAUGAGGGGGUCCUGGGUCGCGCCCCUAGGGCGGAUGUGCUGGUUGCGGCUGAGACCCUGGGAGCCCCGCGCGUGAAGGUCGCAGUCCAGCGGAGACACGGUGGGUUUGGAAGCGCCCAGGAAGAUGAAAUGCAGUCCAGCCAGGCGGAGGAGCUGAGGAAGAAUCUGCGCAGCAUCGAGCUUCUAUACCAAGAGGGCAUUGGGUGUGACCUGGACCUGGAAGCCGAUGGCUGUCGGCUGCGAGUGCACCGAGCAGCCCUGGCCUGUGGCAGUGAGUUCUUCGGCGCCAUGCUCCUGAGUGGGAUGAGAGAAUCCCAGGGCACCAAGGUGUCCCUGCACACCAUCUCUGCCCAGGACCUGCGACUCCUCGUCUCUUUUGCCUACUCCGGGGCUGUGAGGGCAAAGUGGUCAGGCCUGCUGAGAGCUGCCCAGGCUGCUCUGCAGUACCAGAGCGCUUCCUGCCUGGCCCUGUGCCAGAGAGCCUUGGCACGAAGCCUCAGCCCUGCUCGUUGCCUCGCCCUGUUCCCCAUGGCUGAAGCUCCUGGCUUGGAGAGGCUCUGGAGCAAAGCCCGUCAUUACCUCCUCACCCACCUGCCUGCUGUGGCUUUGUGCCCCACUUUCCCUUCUUUGCCUGCUGCCUGCCUGGCUGAGCUGCUGGAUAGUGAUGAGCUACAUGUGCAGGAGGAGUUCGAGGCCUUCCUAGCUGCCCGGUGUUGGCUAGCUGCCAACCCCGAGACCCAGGAGUCAGAGGCCAAAGCCCUGCUUCAGUGUGUCCGCUUUGGCCGGAUGUCCACCAAGGAGCUGCGGAGGGUGCAGGCGGCCGGUUUGCCUCCACCCCUUCCCUCAGACAUGCUCCGUCAGCUGAUAGUGGAGUCUGAGGUUCCAGGUCAAGAGAGGCGGAGGGAGCCAGACCAGGCUCUGGUGGUGAUUGGCGGGGAUGGGCUCAGGUCAGACAUGGCUGUAAGACAGCCAUCCCCAAAAGUGUGGUGGGCUCGGGCCUUUUGCUGUGGCACAGGACUGGUUCGAACUGUGGAGUGGGGGCGGCUGCCCACCCUGCCUGCCCCUGGACGCUUCAGACACGGGGCUGCCACCCUAACAGGAAAUGAACUAUAUGUGUGUGGGGGACAAGAUUUCUAUAGCAACUCCAGCACCCUGGCCUCAACUCUCAGGUGGGACCCCAGUCAGGAGGACUGGGAAGAGAUGGCGCCUCUGUGCCAGGCUCGCUGCUUUUCCCCCCUGGUGGCCCUGGAUGGUCUACUUUAUGCCCUCGGUGGACGACACAAUGGCAUUGCCCUCAACUCAGUGGAGGCCUAUGACCCUGAGCUCAAUGUCUGGAGGCCAGCACCUGCACUUCCAGUACCAUGCUUUGCUCACGCCGCUGCUGUUUUGGAGGGUCGAUUGUAUGUGAGCGGUGGCUGUGAUGGGACUGACCAGUUCCUGGCCUCAUUGCUGCACUAUGACCCCAAACUUGAGAAACCUGGGACAUUUCUGUGCCCUAUGGGGGUGCCUCGAGCUGGUCACGUUAUGGCUGCUCUGGGUGGGCGCUUGUAUGUAGCAGGCGGGCUGGGUGUGACUGGGGAUCUGCUGAGCUUUGAGGUCUAUGAACUAAAGACUGGUAGCUGGACUCAUCUGGCCCCCCUGCCCUCCCCCCAUGUGGGAGCUGCAGUUGCCGUGCUGGAGGGAGAGCUGCUGGUGCUGGGGGGCUACAGCCAUCGCACUUACGCCCUCUCCCACCUUAUCCAUGCUUACAGUCCUGGCCUGGCCAGGUGGCUCUGCCUGGGGGCCCUGCCCCGGCCUCGGGCAGAGAUGCCUGCCUGCAUCCUGACACGACCCCCUGUGCAGCACACCGCUGUGGUUCCCAACCGGCACCAAACCAAACCUGCUGGCUGAAGGGGAACCCAGACUGGGGACCAGAAGGGAU